AUGGCCUCAAAAGACAUCUUCUCCGAUCUGGAUCCUUUAAUUUCAGACGCGGAUGAAGAAACAUUCAUUCUUUUCUCCCAGAACCUGCCCUCGCAAAACCUAGGUUUCAUCGACUCCAAAGCCUAUUCCCUAGACCUCACUGUCGCAGGCAAAGACUUGACGAUCUCUCAAUCGCCAGGGCUCCUCUCUUCAACUCGCAAGGAUGGCACCACUGGAGCCGUCCUAUGGAAGGUGACGCAUUUGUUCGCGGAGUGGAUCGCUUCGAAGGGCAAUUUCCUCUUCAAGCGCGGUUUUGCGAAUACUAAGUCCACCGUGAUUGAAUUGGGAUGUGGCAUUUCUGGUCUCAUCCCGUUGGUACUGGCGCCGAAAGUUGGCAGAUUCAUUGCUACUGACCAGGAGUAUGUCUUCAAGCUUUUGAGGCAGAAUCUAGAGGUAAAUAGUCCUAACAACGGCAACGUCAGAUAUGCCAGAGGAGCCAAGAGGCCGGCCGGAUCGAAAUUGAAGGAUUCAGCCAACAACAUCGAGGUGUUAGCGCUUGAUUGGCAAGGUAAUUCAGCAUCGUCCUUGUCGUCCUUUUUGCCAAACGAGUCAGGUGUCGAUCUGAUCGUAGCGUGCGAUUGUAUCUAUAAUGAAGAGCUUAUCCCCCCUUUUGUUGACACAUGCGUCGACAUCUGUCGGAUAAGACAAAGAUCUAAAGACAGAGAUACACCCACUGUAAUUGCGGUGGCGCAGCAGCUUCGCUCUGAUCGGGUGUUUGGUGCUUGGCUUUCAGCAUUCAUGAAGCACUUUGAUGUCUGUAAAGUUCCAGAUGACUUUGAAGGAAACCCGUUGUGGUCUAGCGAGGGAUUCACGCUGCAUAUUGCAGUUCUGAAACGAUUUGAAAUAGAAUGUGGUGCAAUUACUGCAGGCUAG